AUGAGCCCCGAACUGAAUAUACCAUUUCAAGAAUUUGGCCCUCUUCUCAGCAUCAGCAAAAGUGCUAUCAUACAAUUCCUUGCUUUGAAACUCACCAAAGGCAUUGUAACAAAUUGGGUGCCCUUCUUUAUCAACGCCGUGCAUAUAAACAACCUUUUCGAGACCCUCGAUGAUAUUUUCUUCAUCGAGGAGCUCUUCGAUUUUGAACUCCUUCCUCCACGCCACCACGCUUUUGAGCAUGGCGAAAGCUUCCUUCACCUUGAAGUCCCUCGCCCGAAGGAAUUUCAGGAGGAUAGCGUCGCUCUUCUCGUCUGCAAGGAGGCGGACGCCCCAGAUGGAGACCUCCUCCGGCGCCGGUGGGGCGGCGGCGGCGGCCGGCUCCGGAUCCUCGCACGGAGGCGGAGCAGGGGCGGCGACUUCGUGAACGAUGAUGGUCUCCUUGAUUUCCUCAGCAGCUUCCAAUUUUUCCUCGACCUUCUUCUCCACCGCCUCCUCCGCCGCCGGCGCCGGCGGAGAUUCUUCACAAGCUUCGACCUUUUCUUCGGUUUUCGGCUCUUCUUCCUUUUUCUCUUCGGCCUUCGGGCCUUCCUCUUUUUUCUCCGGCUCUUCGUCCUGCUUUUCUUCCGGUUUCGGCUUGGCCUCCUUCUCCUCCUCCUUCGCGGGGGCGGGCGGCGGCGGCGGGGGAGUGGCGGUGAAUUCGUGCUUGUUGAGCGCGUCCUGAAUCAGAACCUUGAACUCGUCCAGGGCUUUCUUCUCCGGAUCGAUCAAGUCUUCGACUUUGUUGCUCUCAGCGGUUAUCGCACCUUCGGGAGCAUCGUCUUUCGCCUUCUCCCCAUCCGCCGCCGCCUUCUCCGCCGGGGCCGCUACUUUCUCAACUUUCUCCGGCUCCGGCUGGGGCGGCGCCUCCUUGUUCACAACGGCGUCCGUCGGCUUCUCAAUCACCGGAACGUCAGGAACCACCACCACCACGUCCUCGGCCGCACACGGCGCCUCGGGAGUCGUCGUCUCCUUGCACAAGACAUGGUUGCUGGAAAGAACAAAGCAGCGAAUUAA